AUGCAGUGGUUUGAUCUCCUUUCAUCUAGGAGCAUUGAUUUGUCAGACCAGGGUAAAGUCACUCUGCAAGAUUUCCAGCAGUUUCUUCUGGAGAGUCAGCAGGAACACUGGGCUACAGACAUCAACCGUGUUCAGGAAUUCAUGUUAAAUUACCUGCGAGACCCCCUGAGAGAAGUAGAUGAACCAUUCUUCUACAUGGAUGAGUUUCUGACAUUCCUGUUUUCCAAAGAAAACUCCAUCUGGGACCCCAACAGUGAACAGGAUAUUUCAGAUACCAUGAACAACCCUCUGUCUCAUUAUUGGAUCUCCUCUUCUCACAAUACGUACUUAACUGGGGACCAGUUUUCUAGUGAGUCUUCAUUAGAAGCUUAUGCUCGGUGCUUGAGGAUGGGAUGUCGAUGCAUUGAAUUGGACUGCUGGGACGGACCUGAUGGGAUGCCAGUUAUUUACCAUGGGCACACUUUGACAACUAAAAUAAAAUUUUCUGAUGUUCUCAGCACUAUCAAGGAACAUGCCUUUGUAACUUCUGAGUAUCCUGUUAUACUUUCCAUUGAAGAUCACUGUAGCAUUGCGCAACAAAGGAACAUGGCCUCCUCGUUUAAGAAGGUGUUUGGAGACAUGCUUCUCACUAAACCAGUGGAUGUAUCUGCAGAUGUAUUGCCAUCUCCAAAUCAGCUUAAAAGGAAAAUCUUGAUUAAGCAUAAGAAACUGGUGGAGGGCAGUGCUUAUGAGGAAGUACCCAUGUCAGCCAUUUAUUCUGAGAAUGAUAUCAGCAAUUCCAUCAAGAACGGAAUAUUGUAUCUAGAAGAUCCCAUCAAUCAUUCAUGGUGUCCACACUUCUUUGUGUUGACCAGCAGUAAAAUCUACUACUCAGUAGAGACAACCAAUAAUGCGACAAGUGAAGAUGAAGAGGAACAAAGUGAGAUGACCAAUGGAACAGAACUUCAUGUCACAGAGAAGUGGUUUCAUGGCAAAUUAGGAGCUGGGCGAGAUGGUCGACACAUUGCAGAAAGGCUUCUGAGUGAUUAUUGCAUACAGACAGGAGCUCCUGAUGGCUCAUUCCUGGUGCGAGAAAGUGAAACAUUUGUUGGUGACUACACCCUGUCCUUCUGGCGUUCUGGAAAGGUACAGCACUGCCGUAUCCACUCACGACAGGAGGCAGGAAGUCCAAAAUUUUACUUAACUGACAACCUGGUAUUUGAGAGUCUGUACGCUCUGAUCAAGCAUUACCAGCAGGUCCCACUUCGCUGUAACGAGUUUGAGAUGAAACUGACGGAGCCAGUACCCCAGACCAAUGCACAUGAGAACAAAGAAUGGUACCAUGCCAGUCUGUCACGUGAUCAUGCAGAGCAUAUGUUGAUGAGGGUGCCAAGGGAUGGCGCCUUUCUUGUUCGCAAGAGCAGUGAACCCAAUUCUUACGCCAUCUCAUUCAGAGCUGAAGGGAAGAUCAAACAUUGCCGAGUGCAUCAAGAAGGGCAGACCGUGUUCUUGGGUAAUUCAGAAUUUGAGAGCCUUGUCGAUCUUGUCAGCUAUUAUGAGAAGCAUCCAUUAUAUCGAAAGAUGAAACUGCGGUAUCCCAUCAAUGAGGAGACACUGGAAAAGAUUGGAACAGCUGACCCUGAUUAUGGCGCUCUUUAUGAAGGACGCAAGCCAGGCUUCUAUGUUGAAGCAAAUCAAAUGCCAGUAUUUAAGUGUGCUGUGAAAGCCCUGUAUGAUUAUAAGGCACAGAGAGAAGAUGAACUUACCUUCACCAAGAACGCCAUGAUUCAGAAUGUUGACAAGCAGGAAGGAGGGUGGUGGAAAGGUGAUUAUGGAGGGAAGAAACAGAUGUGGUUUCCAGAAAAUUAUGUUGAGGAAGUAACAAGUCCAUCAAACCAGGAGUGCGACAUGACGCUUUUAUCUGACAACAGUCCCCUUGGUGAUUUGCUAAGAGGAGUUUUAGAUGUUCCGUCCUGUCAUAUAGUUUUGCGUCCAGAAGGAAAAAACAAUCGGCAAUUUGUUUUCACCAUAAGCAUUGGAUCCGUCCCUUGUCCUGGCCAGACUUUAGAUGUUGCUGCUGAUUCCCGAGAAGAUCUCAUGGACUGGAUGGCGAAGAUCAAUAAAGCAGCUCACACUGCAGAUGCUAGGCUUACUGAAGGAAAACUGAUGGAGAGACGGAAGAAGAUUGCAUUGGAGUUGUCUGAGCUGGUCAUUUACUGCCGUCCAGUUCCUUUUGAUGAAGAAAAGAUUGGAACUGAAAAAGCAUGUUACAGGGACAUGUCUUCCUUCCCUGAAACAAAAGCAGAAAAGUAUGUGAACAAGAUGAAAGGUCGGAAGUUUCUUCAUUACAAUCGGCUGCAGCUGUCUCGAAUAUAUCCAAAGGGACAACGUCUGGAUUCAUCCAACUAUGAUCCAGUACCAAUGUGGAUCUGUGGCAGCCAGCUGGUGGCCCUGAAUUUUCAGACACCAGACAAACCUAUGCAGAUGAACCAGGCUCUCUUUGCGUCCAAUGGGAAGAAAGGUUACGUCCUGCAGACGGCCAUAAUGAGAGAUGAACUUUUUGAUCCUUAUGACAAAUCCUCCUUAGGAGGUGUGGAGCCAUUACAAGUCAGGAUACAGAUCCUUGGAGCCAGACAUCUGCCUAAAAAUGGCAGGGGAAUUGUCUGCCCUUUUGUUGAGGUUGAGGUCUGUGGUGCUGAGUAUGACAACGCAAAGCAGAAGACCGAUUUUAUAGUGGACAAUGGUCUCAACCCAAUAUGGCCAGCCAAGGCAGUUCUUUAUUUUACAGUCUUCAAUCCUGAGGUUGCCUUUCUCCGUUUUGUGGUAUAUGAGGAAGACAUGUUCAGUGACCAGAACUUCCUUGCCCAAGCGACAUUCCUUGUUACAGGACUAAAGACAGGAUACCGAGCUGUGCCACUGAACAACAACUACACUGAGAAUCUGGAACUGGGCACACUGCUAGUGCAUGUUAAGAUUACAUCUGGCAAGCUGGAAAAUGGCGAAAUUAACUCAUUUGGAUCUUCAGUCCAUGCUCUGCGAGAUCGAGGGAGUGAAACCAACCUACAGGCCUAUCGAGGACGGGAAGGCUCUUUUGAGUCUCGCUACCAACAACAGAUAGAUGACUUUAGACUCUCACAGGAGCAAUUGUUGGAGCAGUCAGAUAAUAGAGAGAGGAGGUUACUGAGAAGGACCAAGCUAAGUGGAGACAACAGAUUAUAAACUCACUUUGCCCAGCACAGGCUGCCCCUGGGGCUUCAAUUAGUAUUGAAAGCUGUGAACUGGUUUCUCUGGAAAUGUGGCUGCUUUGGCCUACUUUCAAGCAGCUUUUCUGUACUGGACUGUUGAAUAUAACAUAGCAGAACUGUGUCUGUGUGAAGAAGAAAAACUCUUCAGCUUGGAGUAUUUUGUGCCAAGUGAGACACGUUUCCCUAAAGUGUGACUGCAGGAUUGUUUGGACAGAACCAUCUUCACAUGGGGAUCUGCUGAUCAUUUUCAGGUAUCAGCACAUGAAAACACUGGUGUACUUAGAGAAUCUCCUAUGUCACUAACCAUACCUUAUCCUUUUGCCUCGUACCCAUCCCAUAAUCUCUGAAAGGAUGAUAUACCUGAAUUUUUUUCUCAAGAAGACUUUUGCUGGAACUGUUCCGUUUACUGCGUACUGUUGGAAGUAUUACAGCCUAAAAUGAAAAGUGUUGUGAAAGUGUUCACCUCACAAAAGCUGUCCUAUAUAUGGCUGUUUUAUUAAUGUAAGCAUGGCUCUGUCUUGUGCUGCAGUCUGUCAGUAUUACAAUGAAAUGAUCUCUGUUACACAGGAUGCACUGCACUCGUUACUUGCUUACUUGUGUUGCUCCUGCACAGUGGCUUUACUCGUGUUCUGUCUUUUAAACCCAUACUCUGCCUUGUUUGCUAGGGACUUCAGACUUUAGCUCAACAUGUAGCCAUACCUUGUCCCAUUGGUGCACAUUCCAGAUACAGAUCUUGCCUUUAAGUAGAAAAGAAGACUAAAAGGGGGAUGUCAAGCCAUUUGAUAAUUGUGUAAAAUCAUGAUAAACUCUGAAAGCAGUUUCAUCUGCUGAUCUUUAGGUAGUUUAAGGAGUAAAAACAUUUGCAGUGUGCCCAUUUCUAGGGACAUACACAAAUAUCUUUCACUGUGUAUCCCAGAUUUUAAUUUUAGUAAAACACCCAUUAUUACUGUCUGUUUUUAUAGAGAGUGAGAGGGAAAGUAGCUGGUGCCUUAAUUACUUUCAUUUGGUUCAAAAAUUAUUCUGCGAUUAUGUUUAACUGCUGGGCAGUUUUAUAUCUAUUUUUUUCUCAAUAAUGCAUCUGAAAUUCUUUGGGUUUCCAGCCGAGAAGCUUUUAUCCACCAACAGAAACCUGUCAUUGAGUCCACAGCUUCUUUUAGGUUUGUUUUAAAGCACCCAAGUUAAAUGACUUAUUACCCUUCCUAGCAGAAAUUUUAACUGUAACUAAUUCUGUCUUGUUUAGCUACAUGCUGGUGAAAUUACCCAUUUCUAUCAAAAACUGUUAAAAAGAUGUUAUUUUAAGUAACUGCUUUCUUUUUCUGUUUCAAGAGACAUCAUAUGCAAUGGGCAUGGGUGCCACAGCAUAGUUCUCAAUGCAUCAACAGUAAGCUCAAAUAAAGUAAUAAAUACAUUCAGAAAAGCACAAGUAAUGCAACAAGUUGGUGGCUUCCUCUGAGUUUUUUUUUGGUUUGGAAUGCAACAAGAUGCGUUGUUAUCAUAAUGAGGAUAUAAUAUAGCAAGACAGUAAACAGUUGGCCACAGCCAAUAAAUGCUCGGGGGGGACAACAUUUAGUAAUGCUAAAUAAAAUGUCAUUAGAGGAUACAAGGUGUUAGCAACCUGUUACCACACACAGCCCAGGUGCAACCAGGCAUAGGCAAGCACUAGGGUGUAUUAAUCCUAGAAAUAGGAGUCAAAAGGAAUAGGAUGGUUACUGACAGAUACUACUGUUGUAUGCAUUGUGGUACUGUGGUGUGCAUUCCACAAACACUUUCUGCUAAAUGUAGAACUUUCCAGAUGUUGUGGGGAUAUAUUUCAAGUCAAAUCCAGUUGCAGAAUUCAAGGUAGGUUAGUUGAAUCACAACCAACCACCAACUCUCCAUCUUCUGGAGAAGGAUGGAUUCUGCAAAACAUUAUCCGACAUUAUUACUAACUGUGAGGUGUAUACUCAGGAAAAAAAUAUCCCCUCCAGCCUGCAUAAUCCAUCCAUAUCUUAGAGUGUGUGUGUGUGUGUGUGUGUGUGUGUGUGUGUGUGCACCAACAUGCAAUCCAGCACUCCAUUUCCCAUCUUCAGAAAAUCUGUUUAAUCCUUACUACACUCUAAAGACAGUAAUAACUUUUUCUUGUUUUAUCUUACAUGACAAUAAUACAAGACCAUUUCAAGAUGAAAAGGCAACCAUCUUUCCUGUAAAACUUGCAGUUGUACUUGGAAGAAAAUUCUGUCCUGGUGUCAUGCUAUCAUAUAUUCACCAUAAUAAAUGAGUUACAACAGGCUCAGACCAGAUUCUUCUCCUGUCACUUGUCAUCGCAAAAUGAGAUGAUAGCAGGAACCUUUGGCAAUUCCCAGGCUAUCAUAGCAGGUGCUGUUUUCAUGAUAUUUUAUAGUAGACAGUCUUCAAACAAACUACAUUUGUAUUCCCAAAUGACAACAGAGGAAUGCAGUGUACUUAAUUAAAAUAAAUAACAAUAAUCACAGCAGUGACAAGCAAGAAAAAUAAAUACAGUGUUUAAAUUAAUAGAUUGCAUGGUGAAGGACCUGUAGUCCAAAAGUGUGUCCAUUGCUUUAUUUUAGUAAAAAAAAAUCACAUUAUUUAUCUUCAAUGAUAACCAUUAGAAAUGCAGAUUUUUUUUUUGAAGCUUACCAAGAGUCUGAUGACUAAGAUAUGCAUGCUUACUUGCUUUUUCCUUGGGGACUCUCCAGCAAUAAACAAAUCGCCCAGAGGUCUCAGUGGACAUGGGGUUUUGUGUGUACCCUAAUGCUAGCUGUGUUUGUGGUGUAGAAUUACCAUCUUCCUCAUCCUUUAUUGUGUCUCUUAAAUCUGCUGCCACUAUUCGGACAUUUCUUGGCAUGGUAUGCUGCUUUUUCAUCACUUUCUGUAAAGAACUGGAUCUUUGUCUUCUUGGGUCUUAAUCGUCUCCAGCAGGAGACAUUUCUCUCUGUCUGCUCAGCUCUUGCUUAUUCCUGUUACUUAGGAGAUCCCUGUAAUGUUCCUAUAUAUAUACUUUAAGGAAUUCAAAGUUUGAUUCUACACAUUAGUGUGUAAAGCUUAACUGUAAGUUCCUGUAUCAUGUAUCAUGUUGUUACGCACAUACCAUGAAGGCACGUGUUAUUUCUUUAGAUGAUUACUGCGGGGAACAGUAGGGUUAGGUAGUGUGCCCUUUAAAUACAUCUAAAGUUCUGUAUCCUUUUCACCCUUUCCUCACUUCUUCCAGGCCCUGCUGAAUACCUCUUCAGAUUCCCAGAGAUCCACAACCCUCUUUGUGAAGAAAUAAGUGUUGGAGAUAAAGGGAACAUUUAGUCCCUACAGUAUGCUCCUUCCUGCACCUCUGUUCUCCCUAGUUAUGAAGACCCCUUCAAAUCUCCUUAAUGUGAUCUUGGGCACCAAUAUCAUCUCCCCUUCCUGUCUCUACUGAGAAGAGCUGUAGCUCCUGUAGUCUGUAGUCUUGUCAGCCCCCCCCCCCAUCCAAAGCACCUGUCUAGUGGCUUUCCUUUGAACUUUUCAAGGUGCUUGAUGUCUCUUUCCUUGAAUGGCUUUCAGGAUUGCACAUAGUGUUGAAAAUGUGGUCUGACCAGCACUCUGUUGAUUGAAAGUGUAUCUCUUUGCUCGUAGGGUCUACUGCUCAGAGGAUUUACCCCAGCAUUGUUCUCUGCUGUUACUGCCCUGUCCCUCUGCUCCUGGUGGUACAUUCCAGGUGUUAACAACACCCAUGGAGCCUUUCCCUCCUCUCUUGCCAUUAGUUCUGUUCUAUUCUUCCCAGCUGAUAUCUCACACCAGGGUUGUUUGGGACCAUGUACAAAUUUUGCUUUUGUCUGCAAUGAAGCUUGGUAGCCAUCUUUCUGUCACUUUGGCCAUCAGUUGUAAAUCCUUUCUUAAACUCUUCACCCAUCCUUUAUUGCUGCACCUACCUUUGUAGUGUCAGCAAAGAAGUUAAUCCUGGUCCAGGAUUGCUCAGAUAUUUCUGGGACAAAUACACUGAAAAGUAGGGGGUUUGGACAGACCCCUGCAGUUCACCACUAGUUACUUCUAUGCAGCUAUCCAGUUCCUCAGUCUUAAUCCUACCUCCAACACCCCCAGUUGUCCUGUCAGUCUUCUUUGUGGGACUCAGCCUGUUGUGGUACUCUGUUAUCAAGUUCACCUGUAAUCCAGUCAGAAAAUUAGAUCUGGUUGGAGCGACGGAUCCUUCUGGUCAUGAACCUGUAAUUUUGUUUUCAUAAAGAUUGUUGUCCUGUGAGAAUGCUGCCAGCUUUCCUCAGGAUUCUGUUAACUUUCUCUGCGACAGCUGUUAAUUCAACAGACUUGUAGUUCCUUUUGAGUUUUUUUUUUUAUUUUUUGCACUGGCCAGUAAUCUUUAUUUUUAUUUUAUUUAUCUUUUGUUAACUAGGUUAGUCCCACUAUCCCAGUAGCCUCUUUUUCAUGAGAUACCCAAAGUGGUGUUUAUACUAGUAGGGAAAUUUAGCCAAGGCAUUACGGAACUUCCUAUAUACUUUUCAGUAGAUUCUGUGGGAUAUUUUACAUCCACCUGAGCUACCACUAACUCAAGCAGAUGGGGCCUCAGUUAAGUGUCUCAUCUGAAGGACAGCACACUCAGGAGUGUAUCCUCCCUUAUGCUGCACUGCAGUGUCAGAAAUUGAUCUACCUGGUGUGGGAAUAGAACCCACAACCUUCUGCACUAAAGGCAACUGUGUGCUACCUGUUGUGCCAUUGACACUGACAAAUCUUAUGGAAGAUCUUCUUUGAGUUGGGUCUGUCAACAUACUGACCAUAUUCCUGUUUAUUUUUUGAUGUAAUCAUGUGGGUCCUUGUCCUUUAACCUCAGUAACAGUUUCCAGUAUGCUCACCACCUCCUCACUCUCUAUCCAGCUGUCUCUGCACUGAGCUGUCUGUCUCUCUUUCUCUGUUCUACCUUCCUCUUGAACCUACAUGCUCCCCUUGCAUUUCCAUUCUGAAGACUGAAUCAGACUAUUCAUUCAAUAUGGCUUUUUGCCAUUCUUUUGUGAUCUCCUUCACAUGUUCAAUACGCCUUGGCCAGGUCAGCCUCUCUCUUUCUCCUUUCUGCUGUAAAUCUAAAAAAUCUUUGUUCACCAUCAUGACCCUUUUACCAACUCUUAUUUAAGCUGCACUUUUGCUCUUUCACCAUCUCUAAUAGCCUACUUUUAGUUUCUUUGGUGCCUCUUCCAUCUUUUCACCCCUUUCUCUCUCUGCCUGUAGGCCUUCUCUAGGCCUUUUCUUCUGUACUAGUUGCUAGCUGGCCAUUUCCUCUUUUUGCCUCAACCUUGCACAAAUGUACAUGUCUCUGAUGACUUCAUCUCUAACCUGUUCCCGUAGCAUGUUGCUCCCACAGUUUGAUUCCAGUUUUUUAACUCAUCAUGGACUCUCUUCCAGCUCAGCAUAAUCCUCUGUGUCUUAUGAUCCCUCAACAUCAUCUGUAACGCUGUACCUUUACCCUUUCCCCUCCCACUCACUCUAAACCACACAGUGUCAUGGUCACUGUUGAAUAAUGUUGCCUUCACCUCAACACUGACAAAAUACUGUCUGUCCUGGUACAGUAUUGCAGUAGUUAACUGACGCUGUUAUUUUCUAAGAUCUUGAUGAACUGCUACCUUGCUACCCAUGAACUUAGAAUAUUCCAGUAUUUUCCUAACAGAUUCAGCUCCCCUUGCUUAUUAUCCUGUUCUUUCUACUCCACUCCUUUAUUCUUUCCUGUCGUCUCUCAUCCUUCUCCCUUAAUGUAUCCAGAGGAAUGAUGUACCAGCUUUCCCCUUUCUUUUACUUUAACUGCCUGGGUACUUAACAUAGGAAUGACUCUGUUCACUCACCUUCACUCUUCUUGAUUUAGUGUCUGUCUUUCUCUUUAACUUCACAUCUGAUGCCCAUCCUUUUCUAGAUUGCUACUUUACCUCCAUCUCCCUCUUCUCUGUCAUUCCUAAACCAGCUGUAGCCAGUUUUACUGUAUCAUCAUCAUCAUCAUCGCAUUCCCUUUUUUCCACUUUCUACAUCACAUAAGGGUGUCUCAUCAACUGUUGCCGUCUGUCUCAGUUCAGUGCCUCUCUCCUGCCUACUUUGACAGUCAUGCCUGAGUAUCACAGGUCUUCUCUCACACAAUCCAUAUAUCUUUUUAAUGGACACUCUUGUCUCUUCUUACCUUCUUCCUGUCUCCCCUAAAUCAUCUUCAUCAGGUUGUCUUCUGCUUUCCUGCACCUGUGCUUGAACCACUGCAAGCUCUUCUUCUUGGCGUCCUCUGUAGUUGAAGCUACUUGGACUUCUGCUCUGAUGUUGUCGUUAUCCAGUACACGCAUGCAGUGUAAGAUUAGAUUCUGAUUUGUGGAGCGAUUCUUCUUUUAGGGCACUCCAGUAUUUCAGUGUACAGAAUUUUUGCUCAUAUGGUAAUCAGAUUUAACAAUGUGAUCCUUUCUGGGAUGAUUGCUAUAUCAUCUUUUCUCACUAGUUAGGGGAGAAGACUCUUAGCUAGUGCAUUUAUAGGAUAUUGCAAUGGGAGGGAGGCUGCCUGUAGUACAUGUCAUAGGAAUGUGUCCACACUAAAUACUUGUGUAUCUAUGACAGGGCCAUUUUGGUUAUCUGUACAUGCCAUUGACAGGCAGUAUGGCUUGAAAUUCCUCUCCUUUGGGAGGACUGUACCUUCAAAUCAUGUUGACUGAAACCUUCCUCCCUUUGUCUUUUAUUCUUUUCUGGCUUGCGAUUGGUUUUAGGGGACUGGCUGGGAUUCUACCAAAGUACUUCACCCACUGUAGAAGGCCUUCUGAAAUAGGACAACACUGUGCUCCUGCUGGCUUCAGAUGUUUAAGUUGCUACACCAUGACAGUAAGGGUGCCUUUUAGUGAAAUUCAAGGAGUUUGCAAUUGUGAAACUUUGUCAGCUAGUAUGUUCCUUCCAAAUACAACACCCGUUUCAGCAGAGGGGUAGGAUCAGGAACUGGAGACACUGAGAAUUCACACAUCUGUUCUCCCUUUUGUAAGAAUGCUGUGAAUAGGAUAAAGGAAGAGGGUAGAUACCCAGGCAUGUAAACAUUACUUUGAGAUUGUAUUAAGAUCUGCAUAAAAGAGUACAUGAAGUAUAUAUUUGAGUGUUCCAUCCACUACAAAAGACUUUCUGGAAAAAUCAACCACUGCGUUGAAUACUCGCAAAUCUGUUGUGUGCCUUAUUGUGGACAGCUGCACUUUAGAGGGACCUGAGGGAGGCAUCUGCAGGCCUUUUCUGACAGCAGUUAGUAAGUGCUGUGUUUCUGCUGCAGACAUCAUAUCACCAUUUAUUUAAGGAAAUUAGUAAACAGGUAAAAUAACAAGCCUAAAGUUGAUUUAAAGGUUAAUCAGAGGACUGUGUGUUUUGUAAAUAUAUUCUUCCAUUGCACUAGCCAUCAAGGAAUUUAUUGCAGUUACAAAAUGACAGACUUAUAAAUACUUUACAUAGUAAAGAGGUAUGACCGAUUUGUAUGAGCAGGUGUUAGACUAUUGUUAAGUGUUCAAGAUUCUGUUUUUCCCCCUUACUGUAUAAUUAUUAUUUUUUUUCUUUUUCUUUCUCUCUCUCAUCAUUCGUGAGGUAAUUUGCUUGUAAACUGAUUUCAUUGUUUAUUUCUAGUUUCUUAUUAUUUUUUAUGAGGUGCUAUCGCUGAAUUUUGUGGAAAACAUCAUGACCUAACAAGUGGAGCAUUGGCAUAUCAGUUCAAACAGUGUGGGGAAGAAUAAACAAUUGGCAUAAUGUGUAUGGUGGGGGAGUUAAAACUAUAUUGGUUAAAAAUGUUUUAAGCAUUAUCUUUGGCUGUGACGUCUUGUUAUCUUUACAGCAAAGUUUUUAAGUGCAGUAUGAAGAUCUAGCUUUGAAUGCCAUCCUCUGUGAGCUGUUUAUGAAAACCAAAAAAAGUUCAUUUAUUUUCUUAAAUGUUAUUUUUAAAAUGGAUUGCACUAUAAAGUAUCAUUUCCAGCUUCAUUUAACAUGCAGGUAAAAAGAAAUGGGCAAAGAAGUCUGAACUCACUUCAUAAAAUGCUUUUUUUUUUUUUUUUUUUUUUUUUUAAUUAAGACUUGUGUUUUUAUGUUACUGCAUAUUUAUCUUGUCUUAUAUGUUUUAUUUUGUUUUUGUACAGUUGCAUUCCCUGGUUACUUCUACAGUAACAGGGAAUCUUUGUCCCAUUGAUUUAAUAAACAAAACACAAUAUUUUUCUUAUA